AUAAGUCUAUUUCUUUCAGUACACAUUAGUUCUCGAUAGAGUGACUAUCGAUAGAUGUGUACAUUUUCAUCUACCCCUAAUGAGAGCCAAAAUUAAAAUGACAAAUUUAAGAACAUCGUUGAUCGUUGUUUUUGUAAUCGCAACUUUACAAUUACAAAUAUACUGUGACGGUCAACAAUUGGGAUUUAAAUCACUGGAUAUAUUCAAGAAACCAUCCGACAAUGUCAUUAGUUCUACAGAUGAUACAAAAAGUAAUUCUUUAAUUAAAAAUAUUUUCGACUCAGGAUUACAGGCCAUAAAUAACGCAAAAAAUAUUAAUGAUACAACCAUUAAUAAAACAACAGAAGAUUCAAAUAAACUAUCAAACAUAGCAGCAAGCGGGUUGAUAGAUUGGUCGAAUUCAUCUAUAGAAGAUGCUAUCAUUAAAGCAAAUUGUAUUAUACCAAAAGACGCAAAUAGUAUUACUAGAGCUCUACUCCUCCAACAAUGUUUAUCUCCUAGCUUCGGACAUGGUAAUGAAACACGAUGCUUUGAUGGACUCGGUUGUUUUCCUAUGGAAAACCCAUGGACUUCUCUUUUAAGACCGUUACCCAUGCCUAUGACACCUGAUGAAGUAGGAACUAAAUUAUAUUUGUACACAAGAAAUCAGCCGGGGCGAUACAAUGUAAGUAUCUGGCCUGAAAUAUCUUUAGAAGGAUCCGACUUUGAUUCAAAAAGGCCUUAUACAGUAUUCAUAACGCAUGGAUAUAUACACAAUGGUAACGAGUCAUGGCUUUCUGAUCUCAAAGAUGCAUACUUAAAACAACGUGAUGCAAAUGUAUUUUUAGUCGAUUGGGGUAAGGGAUCAUUUAAUCUUAACUACUUGCAAGUGGCCUCCAAUACUAGAAUUGUUGGCGCAGAGUUGGCCAGAUUUGGAAAAUACUUGGCUAAACAACAAGAGCUAGAUCCUUCAAAAAUUCACUUGAUGGGACACAGUUUAGGAGCUCAUAUAACUUCUUACUUUGCAAAGAACUUUCCUGGUGUUGGUAGAAUAACUGGUUUUGACCCGGCUCAGCCUGGUUUUGAAGGAUGUCCAAAAGAAGUUAGAUUAGAUAAGAGUGAUGCUGAACUUGUAGAUGUAAUUCAUACUAGUAGUCGUCCAUUUAUUCCAUUUUUAGGGUUUGGUUUCAUAGAACCAAUUGGUCAUUUGGACGUAUACAUGAAUGGAGGAGCAUUCCAACCAGGAUGCGUUGCACCCCCUUUCGAACAAGUCAAAAUUAAAAACAUUGCAGAUUUGGCUGUUGUUCCUUUACUUGUUUUAGGAGAAUGGAUUGCCUGUUCACAUGGAAGAUCUUUUCUUUAUUAUACUGAAGCGGUGCUGUCCAACGAACAAUGUACGGUUUGGGGACAUAGAAUUAAUCUUAUAACUGGCAUUCUAGAAACUAUAACAACUGGACAUUUGCAUGUGUCUGCGUUAAAAAAUUGUUCUCUGGAUGACUGUAUUCCUUUAGGCUUAGAAGUCGAUGAAUAUCCAGCCAGAGGCAUAUUCAGUGCCUCUACUAAUAUGUUUACACCUUUCUGCAGCGUACAUAAAGAAACUGAUAACAUUAUGCGAUCAGCAUUAAAAACUUUAAAUGUUGCAAAAAAAAUUAAUGAUACAACCAUUAAUAUAACAACAAAAGAUUCAAAUAAACUAUCAAACAUAGCAGCAAGCGGGUUGAUAGAUUGGUCGAAUUCAUCUAUAGAAGAUGCUAUCAUUAAAGCAAAUUGUAUUAUACCAAAAGACGCAGAUAGUAUUACUAGAGCUCUACUCCUCCAACAAUGUUUCUAUCCUAACUUCAAUAAUACAGAUGCUUUUAUUAUCAAGGAAACACAAUGCUUUGAUGGACUCGGUUGUUUUCCUAUGGAAAAACCAUGGACUUCUCUUUUAAGACCGUUACCCAUGCCUAUGACACCUGAUGAAGUAGGAACUAAAUUAUAUUUGUACACAAGAAAUCAGCCGGGGCGAUACAAUGUAAGUAUCUGGCCUGAAAUAUCUUUAGACGGAUCCGACUUUGAUUCAAAAAGGCCUUAUACAGUAUUCAUAACGCAUGGAUAUAUACACAAUGGUAACGAGUCAUGGCUUCUUGAUCUCAAAGAUGCAUACUUAAAACAACGUGAUGCAAACGUUUUUUUAGUCGAUUGGGGUAAAGGUGCAUCGAGUGCUAAUUAUUUGCAAGUGGCCUCCAAUACUAGGAUUGUAGGUGCAGAGUUGGCCAGAUUUGGAAAAUACUUGGCUAAACAAUAUGGGCUAGAUCCUUCAAAAGUUCACUUGAUGGGUCACAGUUUAGGAGCUCACAUAUCUUCUUACUUUGCAAAGAACUUUCCUGGUGUUGGUAGAAUAACUGCUUUUGACCCCGCUCAGCCUGGUUUUGAAGGAUGUCCAAAAGAAGUAAGAUUAGAUAAGAGUGACGCUGAAUUUGUAGAUGUAAUUCAUACUAGUUGCCGCCCGACAGUUCCAUUUUUAGGUUUUGGUCUCAUAGCUCCAGUCGGUCAUGUGGAUGUAUAUAUGAAUGGUGGAUUAAUACAACCUGGAUGCACUGUGCCACCUUUUAAUACAUUAAAAAUUACAGGAAUAGCAGAUUUGGCAGCUAUUCCAGUAAAUGUCUUAUCAUCGUGGGUUGCGUGUUCGCAUGGUAGAUCUUACCAAUAUUUUAUAGAAUCAGUAUGGCCGAUAGAUAUAUGUACAUUCUGGGGACGUAAAACUGAAGUUUUAACUGCUAUUACAAGUAUUGCAUCAAUUGGUCAGUUAGAACCAAUCACAUCCUUGAUACAAAAAUGCAAAUUAGAUGAGUGUAUUCCAUUAGGCUUGGAUGCCGAUCAAUAUCCAGGCAGAGGUGUAUUUAGUGCAGCUACAGCCUUCUUUUCGCCUUUUUGUAGAGAAAGCAAAGAAACUGACGAACUCAUGAGAUCAGAAUUGAGAAACAGUAGAAAUGCCAAGAAUACUUUAUAUAGCGAUGAUGAUAAAAAAAGUAAUGAUAAUAAAAAAGGAAUUUUAGGUCUGAAUUUCGGUCGGUUGACAGAAAAAAACAAUAAUGAUAAUAAUACAACUCAAAGUGAUAAAUCCAGAAAAGAUUAAUUAAAAGACUGAAUAAAAAUAUCAUAUUUUUUAAUUUUUUUGGUUAAAAAUAUUAUCUUUAUAAUUUAAUAAUUUUAAAGCAUUAUUAAAUUACAGAUUAAAUAAAUAUAUUAGUUAGA